GGGCAGCAUGGAGAAACGCGGGCGAGGCGGGAAACCGUUUUUGAGUCCGGCAUCUCAGCUGCAGCCGACGCCGCCGCAGCCUCGGAGGGAGAGGAGGCCCAGCAUGUUCGAGAGGGAGGCAUAUACACAGAUUUUAAGAGAAAGACUGAGAGAAUCGAUUCAUGAUGUUCAGUAUGUAGAGCCUCCAUUUGAUGAUUCAAUUGCUGAUCUAGGUAAAGAAUGGAAGAGUGCCCUGGCAAAAUUAAAGUUUGCUAAUUCAUAUAGAAUGGAGCCAUUGAAAAAAUUCCAAGCUCAUUCAGUAGAAACUAAAGUCCAGCAGAUAUUAAAGGAAAGUCUUAAAGAUGUCAAAUAUGAUGAUAAAGUCUUUUCUCAUUUGUCACUUGAGUUAGCAGACCGCAUCUUGUCAGCAGUGAAAGAAUUUGGGUAUCACCGUUACAAGUUCAUUAUAAAAGUAUUAUUUAUUCAAAAGACUGGUCAGGCGAUAAAUAUUGCCAGCAGAUGGAUCUGGGAUGUUGCAUGGGACAGCUGGGUUGCGGCGAAACAGGAAACGGAAACGUACGUCGCCUUGGCCCUGGUGUUUGCUCUCUAUUGUGAAUAGCUCAUUACAAGUUAUAGGAGUGCUUGCUUCUCAACUUUACCGAGAUCUGUGACUUUGAAGAUUUGCAAACUUCGUAGUGGUUAGCUAUGCUUUGGCCUCCAGCUGAAGACUGACUGUAUUCUUUUAACAACAAACAAGUAAAAGCCAGAUUUUUAGCUUCAUACUUACUAGUUAUCAUAUUUAUUAACGUUCUAUGACCCCAAAGUAUAAAUGUAUGUACGAUACAUGUAAGGAUAGAUAGAGUAUAUAAAUGCUUAUAGUGGGUGCUAAUAUAGGGAAAUUACUUAUCAUUCUUUUUAGAGUUAAGACAAUUAGAAUUUGCUACAGGAAAUUAUGACACAACCUUGUAAAGUGUCGAGUAAAUGUUAAAAUAGAUUUUGGAAAACUUCUAAAGGCAGUUAUAUCUUUAAAUGGCAUUUUAAUACGUUGUAGGCAUUCUUUGGAAAGAAAUUACCAAGUUUGAAAUAAAGACAUUAAUGUAUGUAACACAUCCCUAACCAAUC